AUGUUCGUCUGCUGUUCGCCCGACGUCUUCAGGAAGCUGAUGGUCCAGUUCCGUCGCGCGGACCUCCCUCACGAGCAGUACGUCUUCUUCUACAUCGACGUGUUCGGAGACAGUCUCAACUCAAAGCACAGACAGCCGUGGGCCCGCGGAGACGAGGACGACGCCAUCGCCAAGGAGGCUUUUCAGAGUGUGAAGAUUCUGACGUAUCGAGAGCCUCAGAAUCCAGAGUACAGAGAGUUCGUCCACAACCUGAAGACGGACGCCAUCAAGAUGUUCAACUUCACCAUCGAGGACACGCUGAUGAACAUCAUCGCUGGAGGAUUCUACGACGGCCUGAUGCUCUACACUCGCGCUCUGAACGAGAGCUUGUCUGCGUCCGGAGGUCGUCCUCCGGGGAAAGUCGUCACCAAGAGGAUGUGGAAUCGAACGUACCACGGUGUGACAGGACUGGUCCACCUGGACGAGAACGGAGACAGAGAGACGGACUUUGCUCUGUGGGACAUGAUUGACACCAACACCAGCAUGUUCCAGAUAGUUUUGGUGUAUAACAGUUCGGAGGAGCAGCUGACAGCCAUACCUGGAACAACGCUGCACUGGCUGGGCGGAGCUUGUCCUCCUGAUGUUCCCGUCUGCGGUUUCAAGAACGACAACCCCGUCUGCAUCGCUAAAACGGUCACAAUCACCCAGAUGGUUUCCAUCGUGCUCUUCUUCAUCUUCACCAUGAGCCUCACCAUCGCUGUCUUCAUCUACAGGAGGAUGAAACUGGAGAAGGAGCUGGUGGCUCAGCUCUGGAGAAUCACCUGGGACAACAUCCAGAUGAGCAACAUGGACAAAGUGCUGCGCAGCGGCAGCAGGAUCACACUGUCACUGAGAGGAUCUAACUACGGCUCCCUGAUGACGGCAGAUGGAAACAUGCAGGUGUUUGCAAAGACUGGUUACUACAAGGGAAACAUCAUCGCCAUCAAAUACACGAACAGGAAACGCAUCGAGCUGAACAGGACGGUUCUGUUUGAACUCAAACAUAUGCGCGACGUUCAGAACGAGCAUCUAACCAGGUUCAUCGGAGCGUGCAUCGACCCGCCCAACCUCUGUAUCAUCACAGAGUACUGUCCCCGAGGGAGUCUGCAGGUACCUGUCUCUCGUAUGUCUCUCUCUCUGUCUGUCUCUCUCACUAUCUGUCUCUCUCUCUGUCUCUCUCAGGGUAUGGUCUUCCUCCACAACAGCGUCAUCGUCUCUCACGGUAAACUCAAGUCGUCCAACUGUGUUGUCGACAAUCGCUUCGUGUUGAAAAUCACAGACUACGGUUUGUCCAGUUUUCGCUAUGACGGCGACUCGGGGAACGACGCUCACGCCUACUAUUCCCAGAGACUGUGGAUGGCUCCAGAGCUGCUCAGGAUGGAGUCCCCCCCCCCUCAGGGAACUCAGAAAGGAGACGUCUACAGCUUCAGCAUCAUCCUCCAGGAGGUGGCGCUGCGCCGAGGAGCCUUUUACCUGGAGGGAGAGCCGCUCAGCCCGAAAGAGAUCGUGGACCGGGUGGUUCUGGGCGAGUGGCCGUGCCUGAGACCGACCGUCGACCCUCAGAUUCACAGUCCAGAGCUGGGUCAGCUGAUGCAGCGCUGCUGGGCUGAGGAGCCGACGGAGAGGCCCGAGUUCAGCCACAUUCAACUGCUGCUGCGAAAACAGAACAAGGAGUCGAGGACCAACAUCCUGGACAACCUUCUGUCUCGUAUGGAGCAGUACGCCAACAACCUGGAGGAGCUGGUGGAAGAACGAACGCAAGCGUAUCACGAAGAGAAACGCAAGGCUGAGGCUCUACUCUACCAAAUACUACCACACUCGGUGGCAGAACAGUUGAAGCGAGGUGAGACAGUUCAGGCCGAGGCCUUUGAAUCCGUCACCAUCUACUUCAGUGACAUCGUGGGCUUCACCUCCAUUUCUGCCGAGAGCACGCCGAUGGAGGUUGUGACUCUGCUCAACGACCUCUACACAUGUUUUGAUGCCAUCAUCGACAACUUUGAUGUUUACAAGGUGGAGACCAUCGGUGAUGCCUACAUGGUGGUGUCCGGCCUUCCAGUCAGGAAUGGGAAGCUGCACGGCAGAGAGAUCUCCCGCAUGGCCCUCGCCCUGCUGGACGCCGUCCGCACCUUCAAGAUCCGCCACCGAGCAGAACAGCUGAAACUGAGGAUCGGAAUCCACAGCGGCCCAGUGUGUGCAGGGGUGGUGGGUUUGAAGAUGCCACGUUACUGUCUGUUCGGUGACACCGUCAACACGUCGUCACGUAUGGAGUCCAGCGGCGAAGCGCUGAAGAUCCACAUGUCUGCAGCGACUCGUGAAGUCCUCCUGGAAUUCAACUCCUUCCAGCUGGAGCUGCGAGGAGAGAUUGACGUCAAGGGCAAAGGAAAGAUGACCACCUAUUGGCUUCUGGGAGAGAGUGACAGCCAAUGAUGAAACACCACGGAGAAGAGGAGGACAGAGGAGGACAGAGGACAACAGAGGAGGACAGAGGAGGACAGAGGAUGACAGAGGACGACAGAGGAGGACAGAGGACAACAGAGGAGAAGACGUCGUCUUUGACCUGCAGCUGAUGUCAGCCGACUCAUCACCUCUGAGUGCUUUUUUCUUUGUGGACAGACGGACCUGGAUUGUUUCAGAUUCCUCAACCUAGAGGACAGUAGCGGUACGUUCGUAUGAAACUGUGACGGACAGAUGUGUAAGAAACCAAACUCCAGAUGUGGACAGGAGGUAAAAGACAAGUAAAUGACGGAGGCAGACGGUUCUGACUGGAACACGAUGUAACUGACGGAGCACAGACGGAUUCUUAUCUUUUAUAUGUUACAACUUUUACAGUUUGAGUUCAACAGAGAAAAAUGAAUUUCCUGCCUCAGAGGAUCCGGACCGUCAUGUGUCCGGAGCAGUAGUCGAGCAUCAAGCGAAAACAAAACCCGCUUCUCGUUCUGUCCCGUCCACGGAGACGAGUCCGAGAGGGUUCAUAAGGCUACAUCUGCAUAAAAACCAUCACCGUUGCUAUGGUGAUGCCUGCUGUCCACACUAAGGGAGACAUUUGUAAACACUGCUGGUUUUGUUUUAGUUUAGUUAACUGAGUAAAGUUGUAAUAUUACAAAAAAGAAGACGUACAAUUACGAGAGUGAAGUCGUAGUAUUACAUCACAUAACAUUAAAAACUUUUUAUCCAGAUUCUCCAUA